CUUUCAUAGAUGGGCGUUCUUUAAAUGGAAGUGGUUAGAGAUCACGUGACGCAACGCGAUCUCGCAAUCUCGCGAGAUCUGGUGACAAAACAGAGUGCUGUUGCUGCUGCAGUCAUGCUCAGAGUUUUCACCAAGACAAACCUCAGGUCGUUGUCGGGCCUGAUCCAGAGGUUUCAGAGCACACUGGUUGUUGCGGAGCACAACAAUGACACCUUGACACCCAUCACUCUUAGUGCUAUCACAGCAGCCAACAAACUCGGCGGGGAAGUGUCUUGUCUCAUUGCUGGAACGGACUGUGCAAAGGUGGCAGAGCAACUUUCACAGGUUGAGGGCGUUAAAAAGGUUCUGGUUGCACAGCAUGAUGCCUACAAAGGAUUGUUACCAGAGGAGUUGACACCUCUCAUCUUGGCAACCCAGCAACAAUUCAAAUUUACACACAUCUGUGCUGGAGCAUCUGCUUUUGGAAAGAAUCUUCUUCCCAGGGUGGCUUCUAAGCUGGAUGUUGCUCCGAUCUCCGACAUCAUAGAGAUCAAAUCCCCUGACACGUUUGUGAGGACAAUUUAUGCAGGAAAUGCCCUUAGUACUGUCAAGUGCAAUGAAAAAGUCAAGGUCUUUACAGUAAGAGGGACUUCUUUCGAACCUGCUAAACAAGGAGGAAGUGCAACAUCAGAACAAGUGUCUACUGCUGGUCCUGCUGGCAUAUCUGAAUGGCUAGAGCAGAAUCUGACUAAGAGUGACCGGCCUGAGCUCACCAGUGCCAAGGUUGUUGUGUCUGGAGGCCGAGGUCUAAAGAGUGGUGAAAACUUCAAGCUGCUUUAUGACCUGGCUGACAGAUUAAAUGCUGCUGUUGGUGCCUCCAGAGCUGCAGUAGAUGCUGGAUAUGUCCCCAAUGACUUGCAGGUUGGACAGACAGGAAAGAUUGUAGCCCCUGAGCUGUACAUUGCAGUUGGAAUUUCUGGAGCUAUCCAGCAUCUUGCUGGAAUGAAGGACAGUAAGACAAUUGUUGCAAUCAACAAGGAUCCUGAGGCCCCUAUUUUCCAAGUUGCAGAUUUCGGCUUGGUUGCUGAUUUAUUCAAGGCUGUCCCAGAGAUGAUCGAGGCUCUGAAGAAGUAAAAUUCAUUACACAGCUUGUAACUGGAACAUUCACAGGAGCCUUCUCUGUAACUGUGCUGGACACAUGCCUUAUGAAUGAGCUAGGAAAUGUCACACCUCCUGCAUUCAUCCCUCCUGAUUCUCACAUCAGGCCUUUCUUUAUUUAGGUAAAGUUUUCAGGAGUCUACAUGUCAUGUUGCUGUAUCUAAUAACAUCAUAAUGUGGUCAGUAUAUUUUUGAUGUCUGAUUUAAUUUGCCAAUAGCAAUGUUUUGGACUUUGCCUCAGACUUUGCAUAACAACUACACACACUUACUAUUUGCAUCAUGUAAUAAAUAUCAAUCCAAUAUCA